GCUAGUUUGCAGUCAAACAGGUGGUUUCGAAGUGGUAUGUGUGUUGUUGUAGAUUAAAGAUGGUAAAAUGUAAUGCAUGAAAAUGUUUUGGCUUUAUAUUUGACAUGUGUUUACUUCCACUGAUUCUACGAAAUGUUUGCAGAUACUGACAACUUGGAAGGAGGAGGUGACUGAUUAAACUGUCAAGUCCCAGACAGCUGACUGAAGUCCAAGGACUGAUAUUUCAUAAAUGAUAUUGUUUGGCCAAAAUAUAGUCACUAUGUUGCCUGUGAUAUGAAUACCACUCCUGUGAGACUGUAUUGUACAUGUAAACCCACAAGUAAUAUCAUUGGGAGUAGAAGACUGCCAGAAUACGCAUUUCUUGGUCAGUUUGAAAAAUAUUUUACACAAAUAUAUGAAGGCAAAUGGGACCUAGUGCUCUCCCAUUUGAUGUCUGGGAAGGCAGGACAACUUCAGAUAAGAUCUCAUUGGAUGUUCUGAUGCCCAAUGGGCUUUUGAUUCCACUUCAAGUAGACUGGGAUGCAACAUUAUUUGAAAUUAAAGAGGAUGCAUGGGAAGAGGCUCAGAAGCUUCCUCUCUAUGGACUUCUGCAUGAUAUGCAGACCUACAUUUUCUUGUGUAUUAACCAAACAACAGCUGAACAGGAAGAAAUAAUUGAUGAAAAUAGGCGAGUGUCUGAUGUAAGACCUUUUCAGGCCAUCCUCCGCCUAGUAGAGAAGAAAGGAGACCAAGCAGAGACACAGCUUAAUACACAGAUUGGUUGGUUAAUUGGUAAAGGAAUGUAUACAAGUUUCAAGUUUUCUGUUUUUCAUUCAAUCACAUCCAAUGACCUUUUAGAGCAAGUAUUAACCAAGAAAGCUUUCUUAUCCGGUCAGAGGAAGGGAAAUGUUGAAUCUUACCUGUUGAAAAUAUGUGGCCAUGAAGAGUACCUUUUAGAUAAUUAUCCUCUGAGUCAAUAUAAGUACAUUCGUCAAAUGAUAGCUGAUGAAAAAAUACCUGAAUUGAUUAUGGUUUCCAUGGGUAAUAUUGAAUUGGAAGUUGACAACAUCUAUGAGUCACUUGAUGACCUCCUUACAAAAAAAGCCAACUCUGUGAAUGGAACAAUGACAUUAAGCAGGAAGAAACUUCACUCUGUGUCAGCAUGGAACAUAGAGGAACCAUUCAUUAUCAGCAUUGACAGAGUCUGCAAGUUGAAUCGUGAUGAUGACACACAGGUGACAGUCCAGGCAGGUUUGUUUCAUGGUGGAGAUCUACUUUGUGAGUUACAAAAAACUUCUGAAGUCAUCGUUACUGGUGGUGAAGCUAAGUGGGAGUCAAACAAGCAAUUGAAAUUUGACUUAGAAGUGUGCAACAUUCCUCGUAUGACACGUCUGUGUCUGGUUGUCUAUGAAGUGGCUCAUACUGCUAAAGGAAAUAAGAAUCGCAAAUAUCGUAGCAUUGGUCCUGAUCUUUAUGUCAAUCCAAUAGCUUGGGUCAACACAACUGUGUACGACUUUAAGAACAUCCUAAAAGCAGGAACAGUAACGCUACACAUGUGGUGGUAUUCUCAUGAACUUCAGGCAGAGGAUCUGUUUAACCACUUGGGAACUGUGGUGACGAAUCCUAACUUAGAAAAUACCACUGAACUCACUCUCACCUUUCAGAAAUAUCAUCCACAACAUUCGGUUUCUUACCCUUCUUUAGAAAAGGUUCUAGAACAUGCCAGUUUAGAUCUGUAUCAAGACACUGAUGGAACUCCUCAUGCCAGCAAGCCCUACCUCAAGCAUCUGUCUGAAGUUUGUUCUCGGGAUCCCCUUCACCAGAUGCAUGAACAGGACAAAGACCUUCUCUGGUUUUUACGACAGGACUGUUUACAUAAAUUCCCCAACUCUUUACCCAAACUUCUGUGCUGUUUAAAGUGGAAUGAUCGACAUGACGUUGCUCAGGUAACUGCACUGUUGCAGGGAUGGCAACUUCUUCCACCAGAAGAAGCAUUAGAAUUACUAGAUUAUGCUUAUGCUGAUCAAAAUGUCAGAAAUUUUGCAGUCAAGUGUCUGGAACAAAUUAGUGAUGAAAAUCUUUCAUUGUACCUCCUCCAACUUGUUCAAGCUCUCAAGCAUGAGUCCUACUUGUAUUGUGACCUAGUAAAGUUUCUCCUGCGUAGAGCUUUGAAAAACCAACAUAUUGGCCAUCAGCUCUUUUGGCUUCUACGUUCUGAGAUGUAUGUGCCAUCAGUCUCGGUACGGUUUGGACUUUUACUAGAAGCCUACUGUCGUGGAGCUGUAGAACACAUUAAUUCUCUCAUCAAACAAGUGGAAGCUUUGAAUAGGCUUAAAUCAAUUAAUGAAUGUAUUAGACGCAAGGAAGCUAAGGAAAAACUAAGAUGUGUUAUGCAAGAAACAUUAAAUCAGAACAGUUAUCGUGAAGCUUUUACCAACCUACACUGUCCUCUUGAUCCAGUUUACAAGCUUCAUAAACUAAGAGUUGAAAAGUGCCGUUUCAUGGACUCUAAGAUGAAACCUCUCUGGCUUGUGUUUGAGAACUUUGACAUCAGUGGUCAAGAUAUCUAUAUAAUCUACAAGAAUGGUGAUGAUUUGAGACAAGACAUGCUGACUUUGCAAAUGAUACGAAUUAUGGACAAAUUGUGGAAAGAGAAAGGUUUAGAUUUCAGGAUGAUACCUUAUCAGUGCAUCUCAACAGAUUAUAAAGUAGGUUUAAUUGAAGUAGUUUUAAAUGCUGAAACAAUUGCCAACAUUCAAAAAGAAAAGGGAUCUUCAGCUACUUCUGCUUUCAAGAAAGGUUCACUUCUUACAUGGCUUAAAGAUCACAAUCCUGAUGAAAAGAGUCUUAACAAGGCAGUGGAACAGUUCACGCUAUCAUGUGCUGGAUACUGUGUAGCAACUUAUGUACUUGGAAUAGCUGACAGACACAGUGAUAAUAUCAUGGUGAAAACAAAUGGACAGCUGUUCCACAUAGAUUUUGGACACAUUCUUGGGAAAUUCAAAGAGAAGUUUGGAAUUCGAAGAGAAAGAGUCCCUUUUGUACUCACUAAUGACUUUGUUUAUGUUAUUAACAAAGGAAGUACCCAGAAAAGUCAAGAAUUUAGUAGAUUUCAGGAUUACUGUGAAAAGGCUUUUGUGAUUCUACGACGAAAAGGUUCCCUGAUAAUUUCCCUUUUUGCUAUGAUGCUUUCAACGGGUAUCCCCGAACUAACCAGUGAGAAGGAUCUGUACUACCUGAGAGAGACUUUAGUCCUAGACAUGACUGAAUCUGAAGCACUCCAACAUUUUAGGUCCAAGUUUUUGGAAGCUUUACAGAAUAGCUGGAAAACCAGUUUGAACUGGUUGGCCCACAACCUUGCCAAAGACAACAAAACAGUUGACUGAUUUCUGUAUUGUCAUAGAUAAUGUUGUUGUAUUGUUAUCCUCUUUAAGUGAAAAAGUGAAAAGUUUUUCGUAGAUGUUUUGUAAACAUUCGCAUUUUAGAAUAAAUAAAAAUUUAAUAGGAUACUGAGAUAAAAAUAGACAUUUUAAAAUAUUAUUUCUUAAGGUAUAAAGUAAAUAAAACUAUUCCUUAUGAUAAAAGCUUGUGAAUUUGAUUAAAUUUGGAUGUGGAAACAAUUUUAAGUUUUCCUUUUGUUUAUUAAGUUACUCUUUAAAAAACAUUUGGCAUAACUAUUUCUAAACUUUAUCACCAAAGCUAUUGGUAUGUUUCCUUUGAAAUGGUUUAAUUUGUGAAUAAGUAUUAACACAUUCCAAGAUAUGUUGUGGGUAUCUAAGAACAAUUUUGUCAUCUGUUUCAUAUUUACAUUACUUCAUUAAAAGUACACACAUUUGUUUUUUGUAUUCCUUGUAACGAUUCCUUACUGUGUAAAGUGUCAUUAACAGUGAGUAUUGUAACAAAAGGAUGGUGUUAAAAGUACUUCCAACUAGAUGUUUUAAUAAAUAGUCAGAUUGGCCAAAUUUUCAGGCACUGCAUAAUUACGUGUGGUAUAUAUGCAUGUGUGAGUGUGCAUGCGUGUGUAAAUCUUAGUUGACAAUCAGACAGAUGGUUAUAUGUCGUGUUAUGUUACAAAAAUGUACUUUAUUCUUUGGCACAUUUUUGUCAUAACAGUGGCACAUGUACAAAGAGUGGAUAUACUUGCAAUAGGAGAGUGUUGUAUAUAUAUAUAUAUAUUUCUUUAAAUGUGAUAAAAAAUCAAUAUAGAUUGGUUUGAAUGAAUAACUGACAAUCAUAAUAAAUGUAAUAAUGCCAGUAUCAUAAUGAAUUUAAAUUUUUCAGCAUGUGUCAGUAACCAAAUGUUUAGUUGACUAUAUUGCUUUAAAGCUCCUGUUGUUGUAUUAUUUAAGAGUUUAAGUGCAAUAACUUUUCUUUUUCUAACAUAGUUUUAUUUGAGUUUCUGAUUGUUUCU